UCCUGGCUGCCCAUGCACUGUGGGACAUAAAUGACUGUUGCUGCCUGGCUUCUCUUUAGAUAGUGUGAAGAGGAAACCUAUCCCCAGGAGUUUUCCAGCUGGGGACAAAAAGUUUUCAGAGUAAAAGAAAAAAGUUCUAGUAGAGGCUGCAGCCUGUGUGAUCUAUUCAGCACAGACCUGACCGGCACCUGUAAGGAGGCACAGCUUCGGGAUCGCGAUGUCCAGCUGAGCAGCUAAAGCUAUCCCUUGCUGCUGCUGCUGCUGGAAGCUGCGCUACAAAGUAUCCUCUCUGCAUGCUGGAGCCAGGAGUUAUCGCUGUGGAUUUCAGGACAAUUGCAAAUAAGGAAUUGCAAGGAUCAGCUGUGUAGUUCUUACACGCUACCGUCUCAUCAGCUGUCAGCAUGGGGAUCAUGCACAUUGUCACUUUGGCUUUUGCCCUCCUACAAGGAGUGCAGUGCAGCACAGAUCACAUAUAUAAGGACAUAUCUAAACAGCAGCUGAUAAAAGGAAGUGAUCAUUAUGAAAUAAAAAAAGGGCAAAACUACACUUUUUCCUGCAGAGGAUAUGCCCCAGUCACGUGGCAAUGGGAACAGUUGCAUCUGAACAACACCAGAAUGAGUGUUAAGGAGAAGCCAUGCAGGAAUACAAACCUGACCUGCAGUCACCUAAGAAUCACCAAUGCCAAAGCUACAGACACUGGCUACAUUACAUGCCGCUAUAAAUCCAAAGACGACACAUUGAUCCAGCGUAAAACUUAUUUGUUUGUAAAAGACGAUGAACAUCCAUUCCUAGAGAUGCAUCAAGGAGAACCAGGAUUUGCAGAAAUGGAAGGUCCAAAUGAGAAGGUUAUCCCCUGCCGAGUGAGCUCUCCCAAAUACAGAGUCACCUUACAUGAAUACCCUAAUAAAUCUCAAAUUGUUCGACCUGGAAUGAAGUGGGACCCUAAGAUUGGCUUUAUCAUACCUGACUCCAGAUUUCAUGAAGUUUUGCAGUGUAAUACGGUGGUCAAUCGGAAACAUUACCAUACUUCCUUCUUGAUGUACAAUAAGUUCGGGCUUCAGCCUACAGUAAUAACUUAUGUGAGAGCGAAGCCCUCUACGCUGCUGGUAGGAGAGAAACUUAAGCUGCUCUGCGUUGGAGAAGCCCCCUUUAAUUCCAGAGUGUUUUUGGAAUGGGUGCACCAAGGAAAGGUCCUACAUUCUGCCAUGGAUUUUUAUCCGAUGUCACACGGCUAUGAGGGAGACAGACUUGCAGUGAUAGAAAAUGUCACAAUGAAACACAGUGGAGUGUACAUUUGCAGGGAUAGCAACUUUCCUUUGGUGGCUAAAAACAUUUCAGUAACGGUUUACGAAAUGCCUUUCCUUCACAUACAUCCGCAAAAGGAGCAAGUGUACAAAGGAUUAAAGGGUGAAAAGGAGCUGACAUUGUCUGUUAAAGUGAAGGCUUUCCCUCCGCCAUUGACCAUCUGGUACAAAGAUGGGAAACAAAUAGAAAAGGGCCAUUCCUGCUACAAAGCAAAGUCAGAAACGUACAGCUUGGCUAUAAGGAACUUAGCAGAAAAGGAUUCUGGGGUUUACACCAUAUUGCUUACCAAUGCCGAACACAAUCUGCAAGCCAGCUUUAAUUUCACUGUGGAUGUCCAAGUUAAGCCUAUCAUCUACGAGAAGGAGACAGACUUCCACAGAGUGCAACCAGUACUGCUUGGAGAGAGUCAGCGCUUCCAGUGCACAGCCUAUGGAAACCCUCCUCCCACAAUCACCUGGCACUGGCAGUCAUGUCCACACACACAAACAACGUGUGAUGUGGAUCUCAUGGUGGAAAAGAUUCCUCUAUCAUCUCUGGAAUUUGACAUCACUGAUGUACACACAAGGCCUGUUAUUGAAAAAGUCAAAGUUACCCCUGAAGAUAAAAAUAAGGUUGUGAGUGCACUGAUUACUUCUCCUAAUAGCAAUCAGUCUGGGAUCUUCUUCUGCAAAGCUUCUAACGAUCAAGGGAUGGAUGAAAGAAUUAUGCACUUCAUCUUGUCGGAGAUUAAGACGGGUGUCAUGACAGAAAAAGAGACAACUGUUUUGGUGGCGAGUGAUGUCAAGCUUGUCUGCAAGGUGGACAAAUAUCUGUUUACAAACUUGGCGUGGUUCUACCCUUCUGGAGAAGUGGUCCCUGCACACCUCAUGGAGAUCCAUUCUGACAAUCAUACCACUUAUCUUUCAAUGACUCUGACAAAUGUGACAAAAGAGCAGGCUGGAAUGUACAACUGCUCGGCUGAGACACAAUACAAUGAUACGGUUCAACGGACAAAAAGUUUGAUCAUUCUAGAUAAGCAGGCUCCAUGGGUGGUGCAGAAUCUUCAAAGUGCGAUAGUAAACAGCAGUAGCACACUGAUCCUAGAAUGUAAUGUCACCGGAUUACCCUCACCUACCAUUACCUGGCUGAAGAAUGGCAAAUUGUUAAAACCUGCAUCAGGAAUUACUCUGCUUUACCAUAACAGUCUGAUGAUUGAGAGAGUCAAAAAGGAAGAUGAGGGUUUGUAUGAGUGUAUAGCAACCAAUGAAAUGGGUCAUGCGAACACAUCUGCCUUCAUCUAUAUACGAGGUGGAGAAGAGAAAUCUAACUUAGAAGUCAUCAUCCUUGUAUGCACAGGAGUGGCAGCCACCUUGUUCUGGCUUCUUCUCACCCUGUUCAUACGGAAGCUGAAAAAGCCACAUGCAUCAGAAAUGAAAACAGGCUACCUUUCCAUCAUUAUGGAUCCUGAUGAGAUGCCACUGGAUGAACAGUGUGAGAGACUUCCAUAUGACAGCAGCAAGUGGGAAUUUCCACGUGACAGGCUUAGUUUAGGUAAAACGCUGGGUCACGGUGCUUUCGGGAAGGUGGUGGAAGCUUCUGCUUUUGGCAUUGAUAAAUGUUCAACUUGCAAAACAGUUGCUGUUAAGAUGCUUAAAGAGUGUGCAACAAACAACGAAUGCAAGGCUUUAAUGUCCGAGCUGAAGAUCCUUAUCCAUAUUGGCCAUCAUUUGAAUGUUGUUAAUUUACUUGGAGCUUGCACCAAGCCUGGAGGACCUUUGAUGGUUAUUGUUGAAUAUUGCAAGCAUGGAAACUUGUCUAAUUAUUUAAGAAGCAAACGAGCAGAUUUUAUAGCUUACAAGUCACAGGAAACUGAGAAAACAGUAGAUGACUCAAAUGAUGACCUCUCUGAGUUAAUCAAGAGAAGGUUGGAAAGUGUGGCCAGCACCGGCAGUUCUGCCAGCUCAGGAUUCAUAGAAGACAAAAGCUAUUGUGACUCAGAGGAGGAGGAAGAAGACCCUGAAGACGUGAGCAAGAAACAGCUAACAAUGGAAGAUCUGAUUUGUUACAGCUUUCAGGUGGCAAAGGGGAUGGAGUUCCUGGCCUCUAGAAAAUGCAUCCACCGUGAUCUGGCAGCCAGAAACAUCCUCCUGUCGGAAAAUAACGUUGUGAAGAUCUGUGACUUUGGUCUGGCCCGUGAUAUAUACAAAGAUCCAGACUAUGUGCGCAAAGGAGAUGCACGGUUACCUCUUAAGUGGAUGGCACCUGAAGCAAUUUUUGAUAAAAUAUACACCACACAAAGUGAUGUGUGGUCCUUUGGAGUACUGUUAUGGGAGAUCUUUUCAUUGGGUGCUUCUCCCUACCCCGGUGUCCAGAUAGAUGAGGACUUCUGUUGCCGACUGAAAGAAGGAACCCGCAUGAGACCGCCAGAGUACUGUACUCCUGAAAUAUACCAAACAAUGUUGGAUUGCUGGCAAGGAGUCCCAACAGACAGACCUACUUUUAUGGACCUAGUGGAGCGCUUAGGAGACCUGCUUCAGGCAAAUGUUCAACAGGAGGGAAAAGACUACAUUCCACUGAACACUGCUUUACGCAUUGAUGGAGAAACAAAUGUAAAACCUGGUAGUGAAGAACAAAGCAUAAGAUUCUCCAUGACACGAUGGAGCACGCUGGAAUCUGGAAACAACAACAAGAACCGACCGCUGAGUGUGAAGACAUUUGACGAGGUGCCAGUGGGAAAGGACAAAGUGCUCAACGAGGAGAGUGAAUCUGACAGUGGGAUGGUCCUAUCCUCAGUGGAAAUGAAGAAUCUCAAGCGACAAGAGACUCGAUCAUGGCCAUUUGGAAUAAUUGCUCAUGCAAUGAAAACAGUAAGCAAAAGUAAGGAGUCUGUGUUGGGGGAGAAUGAGAGGCACUGUGUGAAGUAUCAGCCAUCUACCCAAAUUGAAGAAGACUUCACGCUUGAAGACCUUGUCCUUUUGCCCAUGGAUCUUAGUCUUGAGUGUCACAGCCCACCUCCAGAUUAUGAUUCUGUUGUUCAUUACUCAACUCCUCCAGUGUAGCCAAAGUGGCAGUGACCUAUUUAUUACUGGUCCACCUAACAGCUUGUUUUGUAACGCAGCCAUAUUUUACAGACACUAAGCAGAACCAUGACUGUCUGACUAUGCCAAAAGAAAGCACUGAUACACGGAGUAUCCUAAUAUCUCGGGUAACAGACAUCUGUUAAUUUGUUUGGACAUACAAGAUCUAAAUCUGAAAACAGUUACUGGCAGCAAGAUGUAUGCGUCUAUUCGUAACUGCACAUACUGUAUUCCCCUCAGAUGCAUUGCUGUGGCCGCAUUUUUGUCACAGGGGUAAUUGUAGUGUAUGGCCAAGUGUUAUUGAAUCCUAUGGAGAGAGGACGAGCUGUAACAAAGAACACUAAGACACAUUUUAAACAUUGCUACCAAAGCCGGGCUGUUACAGUAUAGGAUGUACUAUAUAUGUAUUAAUAUAUAUAUAUUAAUAUAUAUAUACUGUUACAGUAUAGGAUGUACUAUAUAUACACACACAUACAUACUGUAUAUAUAUAUAUAUAUAUAUAUAUGUAUGUAUAUAUAUUUAUUUAAUGGAAUUAACAUAUUAAAAAAAGGCUUUCUUUUAUCUGCCACUGAAUCACAAUAUAGUACAGUAACUAAUAGAUCUGUCAGAUCAUUGAGAUGUUUCAAGUAUAUGCCUAGAACAUAUAUUUUAUUAUUAUUAAUGAA